UAGCUUGCCCUAGAAACCCUUCACUUCUUCAAAACUGAGAAAUGGAAAACCGCAAACCCCAAUUGCUUCCAGGGUUUAGAUUCCAGCCGACUGACGAAGAACUUAUUGUUCAUUACCUAAAGCCCAAAAUUCAUUCCCUCCCCCUGCCUAAUUAUCCGAUUCCUGAAGCGGAUGUUUGCGGGUCUGAUCCGUGGAAUUUACUAGGUGAUUCCGAGGAAGAAAGGUACUUUUUUAGCACCGUGGAAACCAAGUACCCUAAUGGUAAACGAAUCAAUCGAACCGCUCCAUCGGGUCACUGGAAACCAACUAGUUUAGACAAGCAAGUUGUUGAUUCUCAAAACAAACAUGUUGGAACAAAGAAAACUUUUGUUUUCCACAGAUCCAAAUCCGCAAACGGGUCUAAAAUCGAUUGGCUCAUGCAUGAGUACAAACUUGCUAACCCUAUUCAAGGUGUGCAAAACUGGAUGAUUUGUAGGGUUUUCACGAAGAAAAGAGCAAAGAAAGAUACUAUGGAGGAUGUAGAGAUGGUUCUAGUUCGAAACACAGGGACAAUUUUCUAUGUCCCAAGAAACUUUGAUUUGAAUCUGGAUGGUGGUGGAUCACCAAGUACUGGUUCAAGCGGUGUCACAGAUGAAGAUGGGGAGAACAAUAAAUAG